UGCUCGUUUUAAGGCGGCCUGAUCCGUCAGCUCCAUCCUGCAUCUGAUUGCCGCCGCCGCUUGCCGCCCAUCCAGCUCACACCGACCGCUACGUCUCACUCUCUCCUCCCUCUCCUAGGCGAUUGCCUAGCGACGGGGUACGGGCAGAGCUAGCUAGCUGGUGAUCACCACGCGCGCUCGCAGGCCGCAGCUCGUUUUAAGCCGGCCGGGCCGGACACGGCAUGCGCUGCCCCACCCGCACGCCAAACGAUGGCUCCAGCUUCCGCCUCGCUCCUUCCCGCCGCCAGCGCCAAGCGCCCCUUCGCCCCCGACUCUGCCACCGACGCUGCUGAGAAAGAGCAACCACUCGCGCAGGAGAGCGCGGUGACCAAGAAGAACGGACAGAACCAGCAGCAGCAAAAGCUGGAGUGCCCGCGGUGCAGCUCCACCGACACCAAGUUCUGCUACUACAACAAUUACAGCACCACGCAGCCGCGCCACUACUGCCGCACCUGCCGCCGCUACUGGACGCACGGCGGCACGCUGCGCAAGGUCCCCGUCGGUGGCGCGUGCCGCCGCGGCUCCGGUAGCAGCAGCAAGCGCCGCAGAUCUUUCGCCGAGCCCCACACGCCCUCCUCCGGCUCGCCACCACCGCCGCAGCCAAAACAGCAGGACACGCUGCCGCCGCUCCCUGUCUUCCCGCUCCUGACCGACGGCGCCGUCUACCUGCCGCAGUUCGACCUCGGGCUCGGCGGGUUCCCAUGGACGGCACCGGCGGCCACGGACAACCUCUACGACGGGCUCGCGGCGCCGUGGGGUGGCUGUGACGGGGCGCUCGCCCCCACCGGCGCUUGGGACGACUUCGGCGGCCUCGUGCUCACCUGCCCGCCGCCUGCUGGGAACUGACCAGCGUCAUCAUGUCAGUCAGCGUGUUGCCGGCGAGUUCGAGGCUCCUGUUUUAUCAUCGCAGCCCCGAUCUAGUGCUAAUUUGAACGGGAAAUUGUACAUCUCCUGUAACCAACUACACCACACUAAUUGUCUGAUUACCUGGCUCGAUUCAUUUCAGGUUAUAUUUGCAUGUAUCAAUGUAUGGAUGUGGCUAGCAAGCGCAUGAGUAUCAGGCAA